UGUGGAAUCGAUUCCCUCGGCAACCAGCACGCGGGGCGGGCCAUGACGACAGCGCCAGUGACGCUAACAAGCGCCCACAAGCCGAAGACGCCCGUCGAGUUGCUUUCUCAACUCAGCGAGGACGCUCAGUCGCUGGGAAUCACGGCGUUUGACGUGUACGGCGACUUUUCGAACCCGUCGUCAUGGCUCAACACGUUUCAGGGCGAAGUGGCCGCGCGUUUGGGUAAACCUCGCGCCCUCUUCGUCCCAUCUGGAGUCAUGGCGCAAGGCAUCGCGCUCAAGAUUCACGCGGAAAAUACCAAACGUACGGCCUUUGUUGCGCGUCAUAAUUCGCACUUGCACUUGCACGAACAAGACGCGUUCAAGCACCUCUGGAACCUCGAGGCUAUCAUCGUGCCGCCGCCGACAGCUGUUGUGCCUCCCGGCGGCUUUCACCCCAGUCUGUCGGUGGCUGACGUCGACACCCACACGAACAUUCCGUCGUCGCCCCCUGCGGCGGUAGUGAUCGAAUUGCCUGAGCGUGAAAUCGGCGGCAAAUUGAUUCCGUUCGACCAGCUCCAACGCAUGACUCAGCUUGCCCGUAGUCGCGGGGCGGCAGUGCACAUGGAUGGCGCCCGUCUUUGGGAAGCGGAAGCUGGCUACUCGACCAACUCGAUCCACGAAGUCACAGCCCUCUUCGACUCGAUCUACGUAUCGUUCUACAAGGGCUUGGGCGGGAUCACGGGCGCCAUGCUGCUCGGGGACAAUGCGUUCAUCGAUGCAGCCCAGGUCUGGCUUCGCCGCUUCGGGGGCAACUUGUACUCGCAACUGCCCUACGCCGUGUCGUCGUGGGCUGGGUUCCGUCGAUAUCCCCGUCAAACAUUUGAGUCCCGCCGCCGGCAAAUGCAAGCCGUGGUCGCUGCCGUCACGCAGGCCGUACCCGUCAUCAGUUUCGACCCGCCCGUUCCACACGUGUCGAUGGUGCACGUGUACUUGCCUGGGUCAGUGGCCCAAGUGACUGCUGCACGCGACGCGGCUGAAGCAGCGACGGGCAUUCGUGUGUUUGUCGCAGCUCGGCCAUCGAAAAUCGACACGGCGAGGAGCUACUUUGAGCUCAACAUGGGUGCACAUAACAUCGACAUUCCCAUCGAGACGUGGGUGCGAGGGUGGACUGCGUUCGGCGACGCGCUACAGCGUGUCUGUGCCGAGGGGACUCCGCAGUAAGUGGCGCUACGGCAGCAGCAGGACGUCUAGAACACCAUCGUGCCACGUGAAGAUCCUAGCAUGUGGAUUUGAAUGCAAGUUGAACGGGCACCUUCGGGUAUGCCAAGGUUCAGGAUCGUUU